AUGGACAAAAUGACCUCACAGCGUGGGUGGGCCGCUUGGUCAACCAAGAGGAAGAUGUUCAUCUGCUCAGUCAUUGCUUUGGUUAUUGUCGCUCUCGGCGUUGGACUCGGAGUUGGCCUGGGAAUCGGCCUGAACAACGGCGGCUCAGGCGACGGCGAAGGCAGCGGCAGUGGCAGUGGCAGCACUGGAAAUGGAACCACCGGCAGCAAUACAACGGUCAAAUGGCAGCCGGCCGUGGGAGUCAAGUGGCAGAUCGAGCUUUUGUACGCCCUCAACGACACCUCUACAGAUGCAGAUGUCUACGACAUUGAUCUGUUCGAGAAUGACAAGUCGAUGAUCUCCAAGCUCCAGGGCCUGGGGCGCAAGGUUAUCUGCUACUUCUCCGCGGGAACAUACGAGAACUGGCGCUCUGAUGCCAGUGAAUUUGCUUCAUCGGACCUGGGCAGCAAUCUUGAUGAUUGGCCGGGGGAAAAAUGGCUGAACACGAACUCUGAUAAUGUGCGCAAGAUCAUGGAGACGCGCCUUGACCUGGCAGUGACGAAGGGCUGCGAUGGCGUCGACCCCGAUAACAUUGAUGCGUAUGAUAACUCCAACGGGCUCAAGUUGACCCAAGACGACGCUAUCGACUACGUGAACUGGCUCGCCGGACAGGCGCAUGGCCGCAAUCUGUCCGUCGGUCUCAAGAACGGCGGCGCAAUCAUUGAUUCCGUCAUCAGCAACAUGCAAUGGUCGGUCAACGAGCAAUGCGCCCAGUACCAGGAGUGUGACACCUAUGCUGCUUUCACAGACGCCAACAAGCCCGUCUUCCAUAUCGAAUACCCCAAGGGUGACAGUACAGACAACAAUGACGCAGUCACCACCUCUCAGAAGUCCUCGGCUUGCAAUGCUGCGAGUGCCGGCAACUUCUCCACUGUCAUCAAGAAUAUGGAUCUGGACGACUGGGUGGAGUACUGCUAA